UCCAUCAACAUGCCUAUCUCCAAGAUCCACGCCCGCUCCGUCUACGACUCCCGCGGUAACCCCACCGUCGAGGUUGACGUUGUCACCGAGACUGGUCUUCACCGUGCCAUUGUCCCCUCUGGUGCUUCCACUGGCCAGCACGAGGCUCACGAGCUCCGCGAUGGCGACAAGACCAUGUGGGGUGGCAAGGGUGUCCUGAAGGCCGUCAAGAACGUCAACGAGACCAUUGCCCCCGCCGUCAUCAAGGAGAACCUCGAUGUUAAGGACCAGUCCAAGGUUGAUGAGUUCCUCAACAAGCUCGAUGGUACUGCCAACAAGUCCAACCUCGGUGCCAACGCCAUCCUUGGUGUCAGUCUGGCCAUCGCCAAGGCCGGUGCCGCUGAGAAGGGCAUCCCUCUCUACGCUCACAUCUCCGACCUUGCUGGUACCAAGAAGCCCUACGUCCUCCCCGUUCCCUUCCAGAACGUCCUGAACGGUGGUUCCCACGCUGGUGGCCGCCUGGCUUUCCAGGAGUUCAUGAUCGUCCCCAACACUGCCUCUUCCUUCUCUGAGGGUCUCCGCCAGGGUGCUGAGGUCUACCAGAAGCUCAAGGCUCUUGCCAAGAAGAAGUACGGCCAGUCCGCUGGCAACGUUGGUGACGAGGGUGGUGUCGCCCCCGACAUCCAGACUGCCGAGGAGGCUCUUGACCUGAUCACCGAGUCCAUCGAGCAGGCCGGUUACACUGGCAAGAUCAGCAUUGCCAUGGACGUUGCCUCCAGCGAGUUCUACAAGGCCGACGUCAAGAAGUACGACCUUGACUUCAAGAACCCCGAGAGCGACUCCUCCAAGUGGCUCACCUACGAGCAGCUGGCCGACCUCUACAAGUCCCUUGCCAGCAAGUACCCCAUUGUCAGCAUUGAGGACCCCUUCGCUGAGGACGACUGGGAGGCCUGGAGCUACUUCUACAAGACCUCUGACUUCCAGAUUGUCGGUGAUGACUUGACUGUCACCAACCCCCUGCGUAUCAAGAAGGCCAUUGAGCUCAAGUCUUGCAACGCUCUCCUGCUCAAGGUCAACCAGAUCGGUACCCUUACCGAGUCUAUCCAGGCUGCCAAGGACUCCUACGCUGACAACUGGGGUGUCAUGGUCUCCCACCGCUCCGGUGAGACCGAGGAUGUCACCAUUGCCGACAUUGCUGUCGGUCUGCGCUCUGGCCAGAUCAAGACCGGUGCUCCUGCCCGUUCCGAGCGUCUGGCUAAGCUGAACCAGAUCCUCCGUAUCGAGGAGGAGCUCGGUGACAACGCCGUCUACGCCGGCGAGAAGUUCCGCACUGCCGUUAACCUGUAAAUGCAGCCAUUUUCCGUAUAAUGUCACCCAGUGCAAGACCCUAGCGGUCCCCACUAGCCCUUCCCAGCGGCUGCAGAACAACAUCGUUGGGAUGGAACUAGGCGGCGAAAACAUCAGAGAUGAUUAAGAUUUAUGAUGACGAAUUCAAAGGCCAAAUAAUUGAAUUUAGUGGCACAUAAUGAAAAAAAUAUUUCUUUUCACCCUUCAA